UUCUACUUUCUACUAUUUAUUUUAAGAUGGCGGACAUUCUAGGUCCGUCAAAUCAUAGACGAAAAAAAAUAAAAAUAUUUCCUCUUUUUGGCGUCACAUCUUAUGUAAUUCCAAUAUUAAUCUUUUCAACGAUUUUUGAUUGUUUUUCUGUUCAAUGUUCAAAUGAAUGCAAUUACACUAAUUCAACUACGAAGUGUGAAGAAGGGAAAUGUAACAACGAUACGUGCGUAUGUUAUCCAGGCUGGAGAGGAAACAAGUGCAACGAAUGCUACGGCAAAGUUAGGUAGGCUCUUACUCUUAGGCUACUGACAUUUUAAAAUAAUAUCUACUACUCAAUACUUGUUGGUUUAAAUAGUGUACAAUAACUUAUUAUUUCAUUCGUAUUAAAUCUAGGAAUUAGGGGGAAAUUUAUUAUAAAGAGGAUUGUCCCAUUUUUUAUUUUAUCUGAUUCUGAACUUAUCAAUUUCAUUAUCAUAAUUCAUAAUAAUAAUAUCAACAAUAAUAAGUAAAUAAAUAGAUAUAUAUUAUCAAUAAUCUUUUUAAUAAAUUGGUUUAAUAGUAAAUAGGUUAUUUAGGUCUAGACUUAAGGAAUUUAUUUGUCAAAUACCAUCAUUUUGUCCCAAAAUCAAAAUAAUUAUAGAAAUUCAAUUAUUGAAUUUGAACAAAAUAGAUCUAACUCUGCAGUGUAAAGGGGUUGGGACAUUAGAAUAUUAAAAUAGUUCAGGGGCGGUUUUGUACUGGGAGGGAUGGGAGCACUACAGCAUAUCUUGUUUUUUUGUCGAGUAACUUUAGUGGAUGGGAAGUUGAUGCAUGGCAGACACCAUUGUCAAUUGUUUGGCGGGCUAUAGCUUGUUUAAAUAUAUUUUUUAUCAUGAUAAGCCUAUGUUAGUAUUUAAAUCUAUAAUAAUUUCUAUAAAUAUUUUGAUAACUUGAGCAUCAAAUAACUAUCGAAGUGUCUACACGUCCAGCACGCCAGACAAAUAGUGUGCGAGAUAUACAUCCGGCGGCAUAUCAUGUGACCGCCGGACGACUAGUAGUUGUUAUUAUUCCGAACGAAGUGCCUUUUGGAAGGUCUUGUGUGGUCUUGUGGUAGAGUGGUCGCUUGACGUUAUUAUAUUUGUGGAUCAAUUCCUGGUAUGGAAUCGUUUUUUUUUCCCCCAUUUUAAUUAAAAAUAUUUUAUAUUAUAUUUAUAUUAUCAUGUUCAUCAGCAACAGUAGUUUCAUGAGAAGUUUUUUAAUAUUUUGUAGCAAUUUAAACAAUUUAAAAUGAAAUCUUUUACUUUUAUUGGUUGCCUUCUCCAGACUGGCCCGUAAUUUAUUUUAUGGAUUACUGGUACACAAACUCAAAUAAAAAACUAAACAAAAAUGUUUACAAGCCACUUUAUUGGCACUUUCACUUAAGUUUUUUUCUAUUAUUUGCUUUCAAGAUACUCAGUACAUUACUUGGUAGAGAAAUAGAUUUUAAAAUUAACAACAGUUUUGAAUCAUUCGCGGUCACGUGACAAGGCUGAUGGACAAGAUAUCUCUCAUGUGACUUGGUCGCCGGACAAAUAGUGCGGGAAUAUACGUCCGCUGGACGUGUAGACACUGCCAAUAACUAUUUCUUUAUAUUUAUUAUAAUAUAUCAUAUUUUUAUUGUUCAUGUUAUCAAUUAGUACUUAGUAGAGUUGAUAGUAAAUCCAUAAAAGUUUUAUUUAUGAUAAUCAUAACUGGAUUGUUAUGGUCUUUUAAUAUUUAAAAAUCUGCAUUCAGCUGUGAGUCUACAUCUAAGUACGGUAUAUUACUUUUUGUUGCACUGAGGAUAAAAAAAUAUAUAUUUGGAAAUGUUAGAAAUAAACACAGCAAAAAGCUGUAAAAAAUUUUGACAGUUACAUUUUUAAUUAGCAGGAUCUAUUUUAAAUUUUUUAGUGUAACUCCAGAAGAUGGCAAGAAUGAGGGAGUUAUUUAUGAUGGUUCUGGCAAUUACUCUGAACGUUCAACGUGUAGUUGGCUUCUGAAAGCUAGCCAAGCCAAAUCUCGUGUACAGUUUAUUCUCAAUGAUUUUAAUACAGAAUGUAAUUGGGAUCAUGUCUACAUUCAUGAUGGAGAUUCUGCCUUUUCUCCAUUAGUAGCAGCUUUCAGGUAAUCAAAUCAUUUCUAAGCAGUUUUAUACAGAUUACUAUAUUUGACAACUUAUUGCAGCUACUGAUGUUAAGCAUGGGUUUUUAUUAUGCUUCCUUGCAGGUUAAUGUUACGUAAACUAUACAUAUAUAACAGAGUGCUAACCUCACUCAUUCCAAUUUUGCUGAAUGAUGAAGAUAUAAGAUAAGCCACAAAAUUAUUUUCUAUCUAUGAAAUAUUAAUGGGUGUAAAAUUUGACCCAAGUCUGUACCAUAGUUUACUUUUAGAUGUGCCCACAAGUGGUUCAAUCAUAGUUUAUUUUUAGAUGUGCCCACAAGUGGUUUAGUCAUGUCAAGUAAUAAAUUUAGUUGCUUCUUUUUUUUUUUUUUUUUUUUUUUUUUUAACUUUCUCUUUUUUUUAAACAUUUUUUUUUUUUUUUUUUUUUUUUUUUGUGUUUUAUUUUUUUUUUUUUUUUAUUUAGUCAUGUCAAGUAAUAAAUUUAGUUGCUUCUUUUUUAGCUUGAACCUUCACUCAUUCAUAACAGCAUUGAUUUUUGUUUCCUUAUCUCUAGGAGUGAAGCUUUUUAUGUCUUUAUCUGUGGCAGUAAUGCUCAUCGCCAUAUCUUUUUAAAUGAAAUAUUUGUUAUUCUUAAAAUACAUACACAUCUGUUACUUACAUCUGUUACUUAUUAUUUCCUUAUUACAUACUUUAGUUUAUAUAUGUUAUAUGCCGUUAAAAGGUUUAUCAAAUUUAAUCUGUAGUUUUAAAAUUUGGCUCAUUAGAUGAAAAAUACUUUAAAAAAGGGCUGAAAACCAAUAUACUAAGGAAAACAAUACUAAAGCUAGUGUUAUUAACAAUAAUCAAUUUAAUUAUACUAUUAAGUUGAUAAAAAAAUACAAAAUAAAAUAUACAGAAAUAAAAACUAUAUUAACAUACAGCACAGCAAGUGAAAAAGUAUAAUACUAGAAAGGUACAAAUAUUAAUCCACAAGCGCAGAAAAAAGCUUCUAGUUCUCUUGUAUUGUAUCUCUGGUAAGUCUCAUAAAGUUCUCGAGUCUAACAAAUCUGAUGUGACUGGGAAAGCUGUCAUUUUAUUUAUAGGGAGGAAGUUAGAACUAUCCAGAAAAGAAAUUCUAGAAAUUACAUCAUCCGAGAGCAUUCUGUACCUCCAAGGAAGGGGUGGGUAGUGGUAGAGUGCUACAAAUUAAUGGGUGAUGUCAAUAUUAAAAUGGGGGGGGGGGGAUUAACUGGUGGAGGCUACAGCUCUACGUUGAACCAAAAUUGGGUCAUCAUAACACUGUAGGAACUCAAACUAAGUGCAGGAAACUUUUUUAUUUUAUUUGCUGAUUUUUGUCAAGAGCCAGCAACCUGCACUUUCAUUCAGUGUAAAAAUUUUUAUAUCUAUUAAAGAAAUGCUUCCCAUACUUCUAAUUAUUCCAGACAAUUGGACAUAUUUCCCUCUGCAUCAGGGACAGAUGCUAGAUUUAUUCAUUAAUUUUUCUUUUUAUUUGACAAUAUAUAUAUACUGGUAUGUCAUAACAUAUUUCAUUCCGUAUUCAGUAUCAGCAAAUUUGAUAGGACUUUUCACUAUUACAUUUUAAUGCUAACCUUUAUAAUUUUGUUUUGUUUUUGGUCGUUAUAAAAUAAAAGAUUAAAUUACAGUUUUUGAAAAAAUAUUUAAGGUCCAAUAGGAAAUAUAAAAAAAUAUAUCUUGGAGGAAAAAUCAUUUUAGCUAAUUGGGACUGUUUAAUGUUAAAGGUGGGCUUCCUUAUUUUGACAAUCAAAUAAAAUUAUGGCUUUCUUGUAGACAGUGCUACAUGAAAAAAAAAGAACAAAUAUCUUUUCUGUUCUUAAUAAUUCUCAUGGAUGGAAAACCAGCAUUGCAGAGGUAAGUUGAUGGAUAUGUGAGGAAAACUUUCAAUGCAAUAUCAGCAACUUCAGGAUUAUAUUCUGCUUUGAUAUGUAUGUACCUGUAUCUAAAAAGGUGCUAGUGAUGUAAUGAUGUUGAAAACCAUCUUCAAUCAUUCACCAGCAGCUAGAUCAAUCAGCUUAUCUUGCAAAUAGACAUUCAGAUCAGCCUUUGAUGAUUCUAUAAAUGAAUUUAGGAUCCAUCCGGUUCCUUUCUGUAGAUCGUCUUCUCUAGCAAAGUAAAACACUUGAUAGUCAAUUAAUUUAGUCAAGUGUUGAGUAAUGACCUUUUAUAGAGGUUUGAGUGCUGGGCCGGGCCGAGGACCACGACUUUGGGAAACACUGUAUUAAAGCACAGGUGCACUCAAUCAACUGUGUAUAUGAAAAUAUAUUUAUGCAACGCAUCCAAAAUAGUAGGUUAAAUUUUAAUUGUGUUCAAUUCAUAUGGUUAAUAUGCAAAAUUAAGUUUUCUUAUGUGAUAAUAUGCUAAUAACGAUUUUUUUUUUUCGCAGUGGCAGAAUUGGGCGAGCAAAGAGCAAACCUCGGUUAAAGUUUCAGCUGAGCGGCAACUAUGUCUUUAUUCAUUUCUACAGUGAUGCUGCAUUUGCUUUACCUGGUUUUAACAUAUCAUAUAUGUAAGUAAAUGUAUGUGAUUUUGAUAAAUCUUUUGGUGUUCCUGUAUUAAAAACUUGAUUGAUUAAUUAGAUGGUGAAUUCUUUAUAAAAGCAUUUAUCAUGAGAAAUAAGUUUUUUUAAAAACAUUAAUUUGUUGCUUUAAAAAUUUUCAGUAUUGACGAUUGUGCCUUAAACUGCACUGAAAAUGGUGUGUGCAAUAACAGUAUUUGUGUUUGUGAACCUGGCUGGACUGGGGUCAAUUGUGAUACAAUGAUAGCACCAAGUUGUCCUAAUAACUGCUCAGAUAACGGCACCUGUGAAAAUGGAGUUUGUAAUUGCAAACCUGGUUUCACGGGUAAGCUUUUGCUGUUUGUAUCUUUAAAAUUAAUUUUAUUUGCACAGUAAUAAUUAAAAAUUUCACAAGUCAUGCAAUUCAAAAAAUGAUUUCUUUAUAUAAAGAAGAAUCAUUCAUAGAUAAUUUAAAAAAAAAAAAAUUAAAUGUUUAAAUUGCUUGUUUAUUCUAGUUUUAAAAAAAAUAUUUCCACAUGUAGUGCUUGCAGUCAAUUUUAAAAUGAUUUAUUUCAAAUUAUAAUUCUGAACUAAGAUUAGCUAUAUUUUAUCAACUUUAAAUAUGAAAUAUUGAUUUUUGGCCUUUAUAUACUCCUCCUUCUUUUGUUUUCCACUAACUGUAGGAGAAAGCUGUGCUAGUUAUAGUGGCUUGGAUAUUGAACUGAUACAACCAAGUCAUGAAAACUUGACGGGCAGAGCUUCAUUGUCUCUCGUUUAUGACAACACUGAUUCACUGUGGGUGCUGGGAGGAUACAGAAUGAGAGAUCCUGGACCAUACAAUAACAUGUUCAGGUUAGGUUCUUAAUGCCAGACAUACUGAUGCUAACCCUAAUAAUAGCAAAGAAAAACUAAACUCAUUGUAUGAGUCAUGUAUUUUUCCAGUUUUGAAUGAAAACAUUUUUUGUAUUAAAAUGACAUAAUUUUUCCAAAUUUCCACUUUCUUUAAAUAUCCUCUCUUUUUUUUUUUUGUAUGGUGGGUACCAAAUUCCUGCCAAAAUACUUUACAAGUCAUAAUGUUUGUGAAGCUGAACUUUGGCAGACAGUCUGUUCUUACCCUGAUAGGAUACAAGAGCAACUAGAAAGUUCCUUUUGUGUGAGCAUUGACAACUAAGAUAAAGAAUUUAUAAGAGUCCAUUCUUAGUUCCUUCCACACUAUGUUGUGAAUUCUGCAACAUUUAAUUUCCACACAUAAAUCUCUCUCUGCUGCAUCUCAGACAGCAUUGUAAAGGCUGAUGUCCAGUGUUUGAAGAUCACAUGAACACUUCAUAUCGACAGGAUUAACAUAGCACGAUGAAAAAAUCAUGAAUACUCGGCUAAUAAUGCCAGUGCCAUUCAAUAAUGUUUAUUAUAUAAAGUUUAAUUAACAUAACUGUUUUUUUUAAAAUUUUUAUGUUGUACUGAAGAAGGCAUGAGUCGAAACAUUUAAAUGUGUGUUGUUUUUUUAAUCAUUAAAGAUUACAUUACUGUUCCAUUGACACAAAUUGUUAGUGUCUCUAUAAUCUAGCUCCAGGAAUACAGAUUCCCGUAUUUCAUUUAACUUGCAUUUAAGUGCAAGAAAUAUAUUGUGUCUUGACAAAGUUAUUUUGUUUAUUGUUUUAAAACCUUAUGUUGCAUAGUUCAAGGGAGAAGACACAUGGAUAGAAGGUGUAUUUUACUGUAUGUGCUAUUUAGAUAUAAAGUGUUAAAAUGGCUCCAUUCAAGUCUUCCAGGGUGUUCCAUGUUUUUUCUUUCCCUUUGGUGGCAUCCAGUGUAUAGCAGUUUAGCUAUGCUCUGCUUUGGUAAGAUAGGUUUGGUGGCAUCCAGUGUUUGGCAGUUUAUCUAUGCUCUGUUGUGGUAAGAUAGGUUUGGUGGCAUCCAGUGUAUAGCAGUUUAUCUAUGCUCUGCUGUGGUAAGAUAGGUUUGGUGCCAUCCAGUGUAUAGCUAAGAUUGUGUGCCAAAAGUUAUUUUCUUUUAUGCUUUCUCUUCUGAAAAAUGCAUGUUGUGUUUCUUAUUAAGCUUCACAAUAGUAUUCACAAUAGUAUUCCUUACACUUAACUUUGUGUCAAUAAAGAAUUUUUUGGGGGAAAUAAGUGUUUAAAAACACAAAUGUCUGCUGCUUCGAUUGAAAUCUGGUGUUGCUUUUUCUUUGCAGUCCUGAAUUCUGCUUUAGAUAUCAGUUAAAAGUUUGAGUUAGUUCAUGUCACCGCCAGUACGCGCCUUGAGUAACUGCCGCACAGGGUCAAUCACUGGUACCAAAGUCUGGUAUCAAAAUGAGAGUAGCUACAACAGUUUUAAAAACAGAUUUUAUCUGCACUGAUUAUCUUAUAAAAUAUGUCAAUUUGGCAAAACAAGACAUGUAAAGACAGAUAACAGGUUUAAAGCCAGAUUCCUAAAACUGAUAAUUAGUUUUCCAAAAAUAUCAAUAAAAAUAUAACUGAACUUUCCUAUUCUGAAAUCAUUCCUCUAAUAUGUUAGAUUUUUUUUUCUUCGUGUCAAUAGAUACGACUUACAUAGUGCAUGGUGGGAAUUAGUGAAUGACACAGAAAAAUCACCUUGGCCUUGGCCACGAUAUGACCAUUCAGCAGUAUUUUACAAGGUAAUAAGAAUAUUAUCAACCUUAAGUGCGUGACUCAUUAUACAUUCAUGACUUUAAGCUCACUAUAUCUUAUAUUUAAAUUAGGCUCACUAUAUUUUAUGUUGAUAUAAAUGAAAUGCUUAUUUCAUGAACAAGUUUUAUUUAUUUAUUGCUGUAUUUACUUCAGAACUGCCUUUACGUCUAUGGUGGCACCCAAGGAAAUGAAAUAGUUCAAGACUUUUGGCAGUAUAACAUUACCAACAAUACUUGGACUGUACUGAAACCUGGCCCCAAGAAUGUCACUGGCCACACUGCUCAUGUUAUCAAAGACUCAAUGAUCAUCAUAUUUGGCUACAGCGCUGACUAUGGGUAUUUGAAUGAAAUCUCCCAGUUCGAUUUUUGUAAGUUUUAAAAAAUCAUUUUAAUGACUUAAUCUUUUUUAAGUAUGUUUGGCUCUAUACCACUGAGUCCUUCAGGGACUAUUUGUAUUUAUUCAUCACUGUAUUUAACUAUCUGAAUGGUAAAUUUGGGUAAAAUCCUUAGACAUCAAAUCAGUGAGCGGGGAUGUCGCACAGGGAGCAGGGUUGUCCCACAGUGAUCAGCCAUGCAAACCAUCUUUGGUUUCUUCAGCAGAUAUAUUCCAAUGUUAAAUAAUUCAUAAAAUAUUAAUAUUAAAUAAUAUACUUUGAGGCACUUAAUUAUUAGUGUUGAAUACCUUAUUAAUGUUACAUUGGGAAAUGUCGUCAGCAGGCCGUCGAGCCAAAGUUCUUUAUGCCCUCCCCAAAGCAAGCCCCCCCACCCCCCAAGUCAGAGUAUCAAGCCACAUUGGAUAUCUCCCUUGGUCAAUUAAUAAUCACACAAUCUUUGAUACUAAAAAGUUUAUCUCAGAGUUUCUCACUUUUGAUUUCUCUAAACAAAGUUUUUACAUUUGCAAAACUGUUAGAUUCAUAAGUCUGAAGUACUAAGAUUGCUCAAGUAUUUAAAGCAAAACUGUUAGAUUCAUAAGUCUGAAGUACUAAGAUUGCUCAAGUAUUGAAAGCAAAACUGUUAGAUUCAUAAGUCUGAAGUACUAAGAUUGCUCAAGUAUUGAAAGCAAAACUGUUAGAUUCAUAAGUCUGAAGUACUAAGAUUGCUCAAGUAUUGAAAGCAAAACUGUUAGAUUCAUAAGUCUGAAGUACUAAGAUUGCUCAAGUAUUGAAAGCAAAACUGUUAGAUUCAUAAGUCUGAAGUACUAAGAUUGCUCAAGUAUUGAAAGCAAAACUGUUAGAUUCAUAAGUCUGAAGUACUAAGAUUGCUCAAGUAUUGAAAGCAAAACUGUUAGAUUCAUAAGUCUGAAGUACUAAGAUUGCUCAAGUAUUGAAAGCAAAACUGUUAGAUUCAUAAGUCUGAAGUACUAAGAUUGCUCAAGUAUUGAAAGCAAAACUGUUAGAUUCAUAAGUCUGAAGUACUAAGAUUGCUCAAGUAUUGAAAGCAAAACUGUUAGAUUCAUAAGUCUGAAGUACUAAGAUUGCUCAAGUAUUGAAACAACUAAAUUAUAUUUUAAAAAAAACAAAAAAACUUUCAAAGUUCUUUAAGCCCUCCCCAAAGCAAAACACACACGCGCACGCACACACGCACGUCAGAGUAUCGGGCCACAAAGGGGCAUCUCCAUUGGCCAGGACAGCCCUGGCGAGCACCCACACGAUCAGGUACCAGCGAAGGCCAGCCCAAGGUUACGCUGCUCUCACAGUGUCAGCAGGCGACUUUCCCAGGGGGUCGGGAUGGUAAUUUUUUCUCCUAAAAUCUUCCCCCACCAUCCCGGGGAAGUAUCAGGCAUCCUCUAAUAGGGAUCUCUACAGUGGGUUUCUACCUCACAACUUUACGAAGCAGCUGGGACGAAACGGUUGCCUAGGAACAGCUUCCUCAAUGCUGUGUGCCUUAUCAAAUAUGUCCAUUUCUGAGAAACUUAAGAUUUAUGGCUUAACAUCUAUUAUGGUUUCAUUGAAAGUUGUUGAAAGGCUGCAUUUUAAACACAAAAAUUUAGUUGUUUGUUAGAUCUCUCUGCUGCAUUUGAUACCAUUGACCACCAGAUUCUUCUUGACCGCCUUCAUCUUUCUUUCGGACUUACUGGCUCAGCUUUAAACUGGUUUCAAUCAUAUCUUUCUGACAGAACUCAAAAAGUCUCUAUUUCCAACCGCUCUUCCAAACCUUCAGCCCUGUCUAUUGGAGUUCCUCAAGGAUCGGUCCUUGGGCCGGUCCUUUUCAUCCUCUACACUAAACCUCUAUCAUCUCUCAUUAGCCACCACUCAGUUUCCAGUCAAUCCUUUGCUGAUGACACUCAAAUCAGUGACUCUUGCUUUCCUGAUCAACUUGAUGCCACAAUCCUUCGCAUACAGGAGUGCGUGGACGAUGUAAAGCGUUGGAUGACUUGCAACAAACUGAAGCUAAAUGAUGAUAAAACGGAAAUCCUUCUCAUCCACUCUCAAAACAAACCUCUCCCUCCAUUCGCUCCUUCUUCUAUAUCUAUUGGCAACUCUGACAUCACACUCUCUCCCUCUGCCAGAAACCUUGGAGUCACGCUUACGGACACCCUCUCCAUGGACAAACAUGUCACGAAUAUAUGUAGAUCAGCAUAUAACGAAAUUAGAAAAAUCAGCACCAUUAGACACCUCCUCUCCUUUGAUGCCACAAAAACUCUCGUCUCUUCACUCAUUCUUUCAAAAUUUGACUACUGUAACAUUCUUCUCUCAGGCAUUCCUCAACACCACAUAGAAAAACUUCAGAAGGCACAGAACUCAGCAUGCAGACUCAUUUUUAAAUCAAAGAAACAUGACCACAUUCAACCACACAUGCGGCAACUCCACUGGCUUCCAAUAUCCUCUCGCAUCAAGUACAAGUCUGCCAAACUCUGCUUCAACUCGUUCACUGACCCUCACUUUCCUGUCUAUCUCUCUGAACUGUUGCUUCCUUACAUCCCCACAAGACAACUACGCUCUUCCAUUGACAAUAGAACCCUCUCAAUCCUAAGAACCAAAACUAAGACCAUCGGUGAACGCUCCUUCUACUUCCAUGGGCCCACGUUCUGGAACCAGCUCCCCUUCCAUAUCCGUCAUUGUGAAACCUCGUCCACUUUUAAAAAGUCCCUUAAAACCCAUCUGUUUAGGUCCGCCUAUGACCUGUGAUGCACUCUCCUUGCCCUGCCUCAUUUUCUGUCUCGGGUUAAUCCUGUAGUAUAGGCCAAAACGUGCCAAAGUGUCCUCGUUUUAUAGCCAUUUUAAUUGUUUAUAUAGUAUAGUAGUUACUAUCCUAAUGUCUCAUUUUUAUUGUAGUUAGUUUACAUGUUUUUAAUAAUUGUAAAGCGCUUAGAGCUUUAAGGUAAGCGCUAUAUAAAAAUGCCUAAAUAAAUAAAUAAAUAAAUAAUAUCUCAUUUGUUUAGCUUCACAAGAGUGGACAGUUUUAAAGACAACCGGAAGUAUAGUCCAAGGGGGCUAUGGUCAUACAAGUGUCUAUGAUGAAGAAAAUGGCAAGAUCUAUGUGUAUGGUGGUUACCAUGCUAAUACUUUAAAAGGAUGUGUACUGACAGAUAAGCUCUACAGAUAUGAUCCAACUACAAGAGAAUGGUACUUUUUUUAUUUAUUUUAUUAUCACUUAACGCAGUCUAGGGCAUUAUUUCUUACUCGCCAACUAUAUACAACUCUCCUACUUUGUACUUUGCCAUGAAGGAGCAGUGUAUAUUUUAAUGCUGCUACUGUUUCUAGCCACGCCCAAUAAGCACUGCAUGCUAAAUAACAGAAGUAUGAGUGGUCAUUUCACUUGCACUGAUUCUAAUCCUUGACAUUUGUCUUCGACAGGUUUAUACUGCAGGGCAGUGGUACGCCAAGAUACUUGCAUUCAGCGGCAAUUAUUGAUGGCUUAAUGAUAACCUAUGGUGGAAACACGUAUAAUGAGACUUUACAGAAAUGCUUUGUGUCAGAUUUCAUGGUUUAUGACACAGGUAUUGUUUCAUCAAGUUUUCAGAAAUAAUUAUUUAAAACAUAGGUAUUGUUUGAAUAAAUUUAUCAGAUUUCAUUGUUUAAGACAUAAUUAUUGCUUUCAUAAACUUAUCACAUUUUAUGGUUUUCCACAUAUGUAUUAUUUUCAUAAACUUAUGUUAUGAAUUCACAAUAGCAUUUUGUUUUUAAAAGUCUUUUCACAGAAAUCAGUGUCAAACUCAAUUCAUUUUGUAUUUCAUUUAGCUUAAAAUACAUAGUACAAGUGUAAAAUAUGUUGUGUGAAACUCAGUUUUGUCUUCUGAAUAUUUGCUUUUAACCAAAAUGUUCUUGACUCUGUUCGUUUUGUAUAAAGACUUUUUAAAUAUGUUUGAUGUUUGUCCUCUUAAUUACUUCAGUUUAAUUCCAGUCCAACCUAUUUCAAACUUCUGUAUUUGUAUUUCCAACACAUUUCUGCUUUCACCAGAGUUUGACAAAUGGUACACGCUGUCCACUGCUGACCUGCAUCUCAUUUCCUACUCAAUGGAUCGCUUUGGUCAAGCGAUGGUGUCAGUCAAUGAGUAAGUUUAAUAGGAACAGUUGUAUAUUUCAUAAACUUAAGUUAAAAUUGAUUAAUUCUGCAAACUAAAAAGUGUAAUGGGUAGAUUGUGUUUAUUUUUUAAAAUAAAGUGCAAGUUUCCAAACCAAUUUCCCCAAUUGUUUUUCUAGUACUGUGUAUAUGUUUGGUGGCUUUAACUCCAGGCCUUUGAAUGAGCUGUUCAAGAUGCAUACUGGUAAGUCCACCUAUUAGUUUGGACAUCAGAUUUUAAUUUUGUAUAAAUAUUUUCAAAAUUAUCAUAAGCACAUAAUUCUAUGAAGCUUAUGAAAAUAUUUUAUAUUCAUAAUAGCUCAAGUCUGUAUUCACAGUUGCUUUCUCUAAUAUUUUUUUUUUUUUUGCAGAAAGUUGUAAUUACUGCACAAAUGAGUCCACAAGGAACAGUAUACUGUGUAAAUUAAUGCGAGGAUGUACAUCAGAUGCCACAAACUCAAAACCAUUUGGUUUGUUCUAGUUCUAACUCUGGUCAUGUGCUCAAAUAAUCAUAUCUUUUUAAUUUAUUUUUUUUGCAUCAUCAGGUUUUGAGAUUUAUGUUAAUUUUUUUUUUUUUUUAUCACUGAUCACCCUUGAAGUGUGAUAAACCUAAUUGACUUGUCAAUGUCAUCAUUAUAUCAGGACACAUUUUUGUUGUUCCUUUUAAGAUCCCAAUUCAACAUGCUCGGGCUACAACACCUGCCAUGCCUGCUACAACGCAACAAAUGCUGAGUGUCAGUGGUGUGGGAAUACAUGCUACUCCAACAGUACUGCAAUACAAAACUGCACACCGGUAGGAUUGAUUGAUGUCAAGCUCCACAGUACCAAAUCUGAUUGAUAAAUCUAUUAAUUUGUCCGUUCAAGAUAAAUUUAUUAACUUGUCCGUUAAAGAUAAAUUUAAUAAUUUGUCCAUUUCUUUUUAUUAAAUUAAUGUCUUCAUUUCAGGAUGCUGUCAACUGUACUGUGGUUGAUAAGGACGUGUGUAGUGUUUUCUACAACUGCAAAUCAUGCCAGGAAAAUGACAAGUGUGCUUGGCAGCCCAACAGCUCUUGUGGGCCAUUGAAAAGUCAGUGAAAAUAUGUGUUAACAAUUAUCUUGUAUAUUUUAACACUAUCUUAUCAGCAAAUAUCUUUUUUUAUGGUGUCAUUCAAUUAUUUUGUUAAAAAGUAGUAAGUCUUUUGUAAUGUAUUUAUUAGAAGGUAUAUUUUAAUAUGUAUGCAUCCUUAACUUUAUUUUUACUUAUAAAUUAUUUUAAAACAUAGAGUUAAAAAUCUUUAUGUGAUGAAAUCAGGCUGGACCCUAAGAAUUUCACCUUUGCUAGAAAGAACCCUCCCCAAUGUAUAAAGCUCAUGGAGUGCAUUGAACCGUGUCAUAAAAUGUGUCCCAGUACCCCCUCCCAAAAGCACGAUUUAUGAUGAUGAUGAAAAGGUUAUUAAGGGAGGCCAAUAUCCAUAGUCACUAGAUUGUAAAAUUACAAGCAACGAUUGAUUUAAGCAAUUCCUAUAAGCCAUCAAUUUCAGACUUGUUAAGUUUGUGAUUUCUGUGAAGUUUUGUAAAUAUAAUGUCAAUAAAUAAGUUCAUUUAAUUUUUAAUGAAAGCGAUUAUAGACUUGUUUUGAAUUACAUGCAAGUGUAAAUGAAUGAAAAUGCAUUACUUUGUGGUUGAUUUGAAUCCAAAAAUAAAACUCCUAGACACAUAGCAUGUGAUAACUCAUUCAAGAGUUAUCCAUCUAUUUUGAAUAAUAUAAAUCAUUUCACCAAACCUUAUUCGGAUAAAUAAAUUUUGUUUCUUUUUUCUUGAAAGCUCCUGAUACUGUAAAGGCUAACUGCACUCAGAAAGCUUGUAGUGAAUACAAUUCUUGUGACAACUGUACCAACGCGGCCUGUAUGUGGUGUAGCAACUUGAGGAAGUGUGUCGACACCAACUCGUAUGUCGUGUCAUUUCACUAUGCCCAGUGUAUGGACUGGACCACCAAGGCAAAUGAAUGUCAAAGUAAGCCAUUGAAAUUCAAUAUUUCAGUGUCUGUGAAGUACUCUGCAUAGUACUCUGUCAUUACAAAUUCUAUCCUUCUGAUAGCUGUAAAACAAAUAAAUAAUAAAAGUUAGUUAAACCAUCAUCAUUAUAUUUCUCAAUAGUUUUAUUUCUUGUAUCGAACUAGCAACAAGCUGUGGUCAACUGAAGACAUGCUCAGAAUGUCAAGCCAAGCCUCAGUGUGGCUGGUGCAAUGAUGGGAAUGAGACUGGAACGGGCGCCUGUUUGGAAGGUGGGUUGCUUGGACCACUAGUGGCAUUGGACGACAAGAAAAAUGGCUGCCCUUCUAACAGAUGGUCAUUCAAUACUUGCCCUUGUAAGUAUUUACCCCAUGUUACCAUAUUUGACAUUUUCAGAUGUUAGCUUUUUUCUUUGUUCCUUUAAAAUGCUUAUGUUCUUUGUUAACAAGUGAUAAAACAAAAACUGACUGAAUAAUCCAGGUUUUUAAAAUGUCUAAAUUCUUUCAUGUUCAUUUGUAUACAAUUCUUUGAAUGUAAUGUGAAUUUUUUUACAUAUUACUCAAUAUAAAUGUUUACAUUUACUUUUCACACAUGUUAAUUUGUUUACAUUUGAUCAGUGUGUCAGUGCAAUGGCCAUUCUAAAUGCAAAAAUGGAACUGAUAUUUGUAUCAGCUGUGAAGAUCAGACUACAGGUCAGUAAUCUCAUAGCAAAUAAUGGUGAUCAUGGGCAAAAUAGAGAUUGAGGUCGUUCAUAUUUAACAAUUUUUAGCAGAAUGCAUGCCGUAAAAGAAUUGUAAGAGCAAGGUAUGUUAUUUAAUUUCAUCAUUUCAUCACCCUUUUUUUAAUCAGGCUCCCAGUGUGAGGAAUGUGCGGAAGGUUACUAUGGCAACCCUAAAAAUGGGGGACAGUGCAAACGUAAGUUUAUUGGUGUAAGUUGUUUAAAACCUUCUGCCCUAUUCGACUUACUGAACCCCAACUUAAAUGUAAUUAAUUGUUCUUAUUUAUUGUUUUUCUUACCCUUGCCUGCAAUAUUGCUGUUGAGAAUCAUCAUUUAACAAAAAGGUGAUAACAGUUUUAUGACCAUAUGUUUGUUACAGCUUAAAAUAAACACCAUGUAUAAUGGGAACCACUAGCUUUUUAAAAGAAAAAAGCCUUAAUGUGCCGUAAAAUGCGAUCUGUUAAUCUUGUUCCAUAACAUUAUAAACGUCAAUACAAAGGAAAUAAUGCAAAAAAUAUUUAUUUAAAAUAAUAUAAUCAAAAUCAUUUAAAUUAUUACAACACUAGCUGAUAUAUCCGGCUUUGCCCUGGGAUUAGGUUGAUUUAAGGCUAACCUAACAGCCUGGUCCAUAAUGUGUUAAAUAAUUUAUACCUAGAGGUGGGUCCUAUAAAAAUCAUUUAGAUACAUUUUCAAAGUAACCUUUAAAAACGGUAACUUGGUAGGACUGGUCCAUAAAGUGCAACGGUUAUAACUUAAAAUAGGCAGUUAAACUUUAAAAGUUGUAUAAGUUUAAAAAAAUUGACCAAAUUCGGUAGGCAUUGUCUUCUUUAUUAUUAAUAUUGGGUCCUUGGCCCGAAAAGAAAUAGAUAUAGCCUGUUUAUAUAUAGAUAUAGUCUCUUUGACCAUUUCCUUGAGACAGUUUGAACUCAGUCCCUCAAAUAUUAUCCUUUUUCUCUUAAAAAAGUGCCAUAUCUCAAUUCUUUACAUCAGGCCUGCACAACUCAAAAUGUAAGGUGGGCCUUAACGCUUUAUGAAAACCUUGUGCAGGCCGAAAGAUGGCGGGGCAGGGCCUCUAUUAAGAAAAUAAUAAUAAUAAUAAAGAAUAUUUCGUUACUUCAUGGGCGCCAAGUGGGUGCUAGCAGGCCGUAUGUUGUAGAUGAAUAUUCAAGUUAAUAUUUAAUUUUUUUUCACAUUGCUAUGGGGCCCCCAGGUAUUGCAUAGUUUGAAUAGUAGACGAGACCAUGAGGUACCAUUUAUUCAUCACUUAAUCUAGGACAUAUCAAAAUCCUUUAAGUAAUUAUCGAAUCGUUAAAAUUUGAAAGUUUGAGUGGCCUAUUCUGAUUCUAGGAAAAUACAGAACAUCUUUGCAAAAUUUCUACUCUCUUGGUCUAUUUUUUUUUUGAGUCUAUAACUGUCCAACAAACAAACCCACAUUGAGCUUUAUAUAUAUAUCUAUAUAUUAAUUUAACAUGAGAUGUGGUCGUAACUAAAUAACUAUGUUAAUAUUCCAUCAAGAGCGUGCUACUUACAUUUCUAUAUGUUCAGAUAGGAUGCUUGUUAGUCAUUGAAUGGCAGUAGGUCAAGAAGAUUUUGUUGCACAGGCGUGCUUCUUCUUCUUCUAUAUCUUAAGGGCCCACGAUCAAUUUAUUGAUCAUUUUGGCUCCUAUGCAUGUAGAUGGGAUUUGCAAUGUUUCUGUUACUGGUGGUGAUGAGGAAAUUAUGCACUAGGGGUUUGAAGGCUUGAGGCAAUAGACACAAAUGCGUCUAGUGUUGUCGCCUCAACUGUUCCUUUUGAAAGAUGGUUCCAGUCCCUGAUUGUCUUGGGCAGGAAUGAGCAGCUCCUAUACUGGCUUCUUGCUGGUAUGAGCCUGAAUUGCCUGUCAUGGCCUCGUCGCUGUCUAUGGGGGAGAGGGACGAGUUUCUGUUUAAUACUGGAACAGUGGACCAGCCCAUUAUUUAUCUUGUACAUCAUGGAGAGCCUGGAUUGUCGUCGUCGUUUCUCCAAUGGUGACCAGCCUAGUGUUUCUAGCAUGCUGCCAACACUAGAGGUAUUCCUGUAGCGGUUUAGGACAAAGCGUGCUGCUCGUCGCUGGACCGCCUCCAACCUGUCAAUGCUCUUCUGGGUAAAUGGGUCCCAGACUGAAGAUGCAUAAUCUAAAAUCGGACGGAUAAAGGCUUUAUAUGCUCUUUCUUUCACACAGGAGUUGCCAAUCUUUAGAUUUCGCCUUAAGAACCCCAAGGCUUGGUUUGCUUGGUUACAUACAUUGUUAAUAUGCUCGUCCCAGCGGACCUCUCUUUGAAUGGUAACACCCAGGUACUUUACGGAGGAAACUUGCUCAAGAAUAUGGCCGUGCAGUUUGUAUUGGUAGUGUAGAGGAGUACAACUUCUAGAGAUUGAUAGUGUCUGGCACUUGGCAGGGUGAAAUUCCAUGUCCCAGCUCAUCUCCCACUCAGCUAACAGAUUGAGAUCCUGUUGUAGCUGGUCCUGGUCAGAUCUGUUGGCGAUCGUCCUAUACACUGCUGUGUCAUCUGCAAACAGUCUUGCCUGUGAUGUCAGUUUCUCCGGUAGGUCAUUAAUGUAUGCUAGGAACAAACAGGGGCCCAGGACUGAUCCCUGGGGGACCCCUGACUUCACAUUGACAAAGGAGGAGCUUGUACCGCCCACCACUACUGCUUGGCGUCGGUGGCUGAGGAAGCUAGAGAUCCAUGUUUUAGUGGUGCCUUGAAUCCCAUAUAUCUGGAGUUUGUGUAGAAGCAAACUAUGAUUCACCCGGUCAAAUGCUUUUGCGAAGUCCAUUACUAGCACGUCAGUCUGCUUGUGGUUCUCCAGAUUGGUCAUCAAGUCUUCUACAAAUUCGAGAAGCUGGGUCUCACAUGACCUAUUGACUCGGAAGCCAUGUUGACAGUCAUUGAGUAUAUUUUUGCUUUCAAGAUGCUUCAUGACAGAGCUUACGAUUAUGUGCUCCAACAAUUUGCAGACGACGCUAGUGAGGGAUAUCGGACGAUAGUUGGCAGGGUCGGAAUGCUCCCCUUUCUUGUAAAUUGGAGUGACAUGCGCUGUUCUCCAGUCUGCUGGAACAUUUCCUGUGCAUAGUGACGAUUGGAAGAGGAUUGUCAGUGCAGGAGCGAUUUCUUUGGCUAAUUCUUUGAGCACUCGUGGUUUAAUGUUGUCAGGACCACAUGCUUUGUAAGGGUUAAUGGUAUUGAGGAGGGCAAACACACCUUGUUCUGAUAUCUGGAUAUCUCCCAUGAUAGGAUAGGCUCUGUUCAUCAUUUUGGUCUUCAGAAGGAACUCAGUCUCAGAGUACUCUCUACCGUCACCAAAGACCGACUGGAACUGCUGAUUGAGUAUCCCCGCCUGUGCUUUUGGGUCAGAUGUCAAUUGGCCAUCCCACCUCAAGGGGGAAACUCCAGCGUUUGAGGACUUUUGGUGUUUCACAUAGCUCCAGAAGCGCUUGUUCUUGACAUCUUUGGUCGGGGUGUCUUCCUCUGAGAAGAUGCCGUUCAUGUAGUUCCAAUACGAUCUACGCAAUAAGCGUUGAAUGGUUCGGCGGAGUCUCAGUACCUCCUCUCUCAGUUCCAUCGAGCCAUUUUUCUUCAUGCGUUUGUAUUGGCGGUCUCUCCUGUGGAUGAGCCUACGGAUUUCAGGCGUGACCCAUGGCUGAUUUAUCCUAGGUUUGGUGAUUUGGUGUGGUAUAAAUUUCUUCACUGCAUCAGUGCUUACAUUCGCAUACAAAUAAUUGGCUAUUUUAAGUAGCAUUUUUUACACUGAACUUCUCACAUUAUAUGCUUUAAUAUAUGAUAUUUUGAAGUGCAUAAGAUAAAAAUGUAUUACAUUUCUAUGGUUCAUGUAGCUUGCUCAUGUAAUGGCCAAGCAGAUAGCUGCAAUCAAUUGACUGGUGAAUGUUAUUGUCGAACACGAGGCGUCACAGGCAAGAAUUGUGACAGGUAAUGAUCAAUCUACUAAUUUGUUAAAGCUUAAAUUUGUUGUCAGUUUAAAAAUUUAUGGUGAUGGCACUAAACUUUGGAAACAGUAAAUGUCUUCUAUUUAGAAGUUUUUCAUACAUUUCAAAUUAGUCUGUAAAAGUAGGAUUUUGAAGAUUAAUAUUGGUAUAUGAGUUUAAAUAUUUCACGGGGAACUUUUAAAAGUCAUUCCAUAUCACUCAUUUUUAUCAUUUUUGUAAUUUUUAAAAUCUUUUCUCUUAUCCCUAAAACUGAUUUAAUGUUUUAAAAUACUUGAAACAUUUGUGUCCUAAUCUUUCAAAGGUGUGACGACAGCAACAAAUAUUCUGGCAAUCCAAAAGAUGGAGGAACGUGCUAUUGUAAGUCUGGCAUAAUUGUCUUUCUUAUAAAAUAUAUUAAUGUCCUUAACCCUAUAACUGUUAAAUGCAUUUUUAUGUGGUGUCAAGCCAUUUAGCAUUUUCAUUGACCUUGACUUUUACAAAGUAAGUAAAAUUUUAGUACUCAACGUCUGCAUUCAUUCCACCCCACUCUCAGUAUUUUUUUCUAUCUAUCAUUACAUCAGGAUUUUUAGAUACUAAAGGAAAUAUCCUUACAGAAAAUAUCAAGUUAUAGGUACUUAUUUUGAAGAAUGUAAUUCUGGCACUUUUUUUUCAUUCACUUCCUUCACAUUUCUGUCAUACAAAAUACAAAGGGGGAAACAUGAAAUGAGUUUUAAAAAAUUCCUUUUUAAUUAAAGUUAUUCAAUCUGUUUUUAUUAAUUAAUACUCCAGAACUCAUACAAACAUAAUUAUCAUUUAAAAUCUUUAGGGUAGGUCUUUUGGAUUCAAUCUUCGUCUUUUCUGCUCAAUCACCACUCUUUCCCAAACAUGAUUGUCUGUAACAAUACAAUUAAGCUUAGAGCAAAAAUUGUCAAUAUCUUAUUCCAGAUUGACUGAACACAACCUCAUUAAAUAAAUUAAUUAAUCUGAGACUGACUGAACACAGCUAAGUUACAUUAAAAGUGAUUCAUUAUUCCUUAAAUGGCUUGUCUUGUCUCUAUGUUUCAGACCAAUUGAACACAGACUUUCAGUAUACUUUUAACCUGUCUAAGAGAGAAGACAGCAACUUUACCCAGAUUAAUUUUCUCAACACACCUAUGUCUGUAAGGGCUAACACUUUGUUCUACAUUUCACUAGUUAUAUUGUACAAAUUUACCAGCGUGCUCCCCCAGAGGUCAGAAAAUCUAAAUUAUCACUAAUGAAGUCCCUUAUUAUGACUAAGGGAUUCCACUGUUUGGCUGUGUUUUUUUACGCUAGAGAAAUAAUUUAAUUUAGAUGUCUUGUGUUUAAAUUGUUUAAGUUGACUUUAUUAAAUUAUCUAUUUAUUUUGCGCUGAAAAUGUACAUGUACAAUGCAAUCAAAAAACAUAUCCGUUUUUUUAAUCAAUAAAAAGAAUCUUAUCUUAAAGCCAUCAGAUGUCAUGAAAUUAGUUGAAAAUAACCAAAGAACUGUUUCAGUGACUAAGCUCAAAAUUACAAAUUUGGUAGCAUAAUCUAUGCAUACGGUAAAAACAAAUAUUUAUUUAUCCUUCCUUGUUUUGUUUCAACAGAGUGACAGGGACGUUGAUUUCACACUGAACUGCACCUCCGAUGCCCUUGUCAAUAUUACAUACAAAUCAAGUAUGUGGAUAAUACUUGAGAAAUUAAAUCUUAUUGAUCUAUGGUUACUACCAGCUAUAUGCUUUAAUCUGGCAAAAGAUGCAUUUCCUUGAUUUUAUAUUAAAUGGCUUACUUUAUUAGUUUUUGAAUUAACCAAAUGAUGACUCCAAAAGAAAUUUAUUUUUAAACAUUUUCUCUAAUUCGUAGUUACGUACCAUAUUGUUCUCUAAACCAUUGUUGUUUUAGAAUCCUUCCCAGAAGAGAAAGAAUACACAAGUAUGAAACCCUGCCUUUACUUCAAGACCAAGUUUGAGCACAAAAACCACGCAUUUGGUGGCAAAGAAAAUACAACAUUUUUAGUCUAUGUUUUUAAUUUCAAGACACCAUUCAUGCUACAGGUAAUAUAGUUUUGUUCAUAUAGUUACAGUUAGAUAGUUACUUUAAUCAAACGGUCAAGUUUCUAGUUAGGACAAGGCCAGGAUUAAGCCACAACAGGGUUUAAAGCCUUCCACUUUUUAUUGAUAAAACCUAAACUUCAUUUUCAAAAUAUGGCUAAGCAAUUUAAAAUUCAUUUAUUCCUCAAAUAUUUAUUUUUUCUCUCAAAUUUUUCAGAUUUCAUUUUCGCAGUUUCCAAAAAUAGAUCUAGUACACUUUUUCGUAACAUUUUUUAGGUAUGUAAAGUGGAAAAAACUAACAAGCAAUAUCUGAAAUGCUUGAAGCUGGGAUUGUGCCCCUUUUCUCCUUCCAUUUUUAACUGUUGUGUUUGCUAUUAUUAUUGUGGCAUGGAUAUUGAUUUACUGCAUGUGGGCGUUGGAUAACAUCCCCUGGCACUUACCUUGUCAUUGUAACUCCACUCUAAGCGUUGUUGAUAUUAAUAAUUGUGUUUUUCCAAAUACCCUUUGACUCACCCAUAUAAAAACAUCAAUUGUGUCAGUACUUGUUUUUCCUCACCAAUUUGGUUUCCCUAAUUCAACCCUAAACUUGCUUCAUUCGUCCCCACAUGCAAUAAAUCACUGAGCUUGAACAAGGAUUUACUGUAUACAUUUGAGAUAACUGUUCUCAGAAACGUAACACUGCCUUAAAUUAUUUAUCUCAUAUUGACAUUAAAUGAAAUCUUGGGCCAUCAGAUGAAACGGAAUUUUAAAUUUAGAUUUAUUAGAGCUCAAACGGGAAGUGUUCUUUUUCUUGAUUUUUCAUUUUCCUCUGCUGUUUGUGUAUAGAGUGGAUUCUGAGUGUUCGAGCGCAGCCGAGCUACAGUAAUAGUUGCUUGUUAAUAACUUUGAUGCAUGUCUCAUGUUGAUGAGUUGUCAUUUAUUUACAGAUUUCUUUUGUUCAACCGGAAAAAAUCAAUCUGCUUAAGUUUUUUAUAAUUUUCUUUAGGUAAGUUUGAAGAAAUUGUAGAACUUGUUUUUACUGUAAUCAUUUGAACAUAUAUCAACCAGAGCGAUUCAAGGAAAGUUAAAAAUUGAUAAACAAAUAACAAUUGAAACAUUAAAAUUAAAAGAAACCGAAUGAUAUUUCAAGAGAUGAGAAACUACAUCUCCUUCACUGUCUUCCACAUGUUUUUUGUAUCAUUCACAACUUCCAUAAUGUAUAUUUUAUAAGUUUUAUUUGUUUCAUAUAACUUAUUUUAUCCAAAUGGACUGGGAUGUUAUUAAUAUAUCAUUGUAAAUUAAUAUAUUUAUGAUUUUAAAAAAAAUCUAUAUUGAGUUUAAUUACGUCAACAGUUCAGUUGUUUGUACCAAGAGCAGCAUGCUUUUUAUAAUUUCUUAAAUCUGGCCAGUUUGAGUUGCUUAGAUUCAUGUGUGUGUUGUAUUCUCUGCAGCUUGUCAUUGUGUGUUGACUUAUUAUUUAUCCACUGAGGAGCAUGCACACCUCUUUGUUUAGCAGUUUUUUUUAUCUUUAGAAUAUUUAAAGUUAUCAUUUUGAUACACAAACAUAGUGUUCUGUUCACUAUUAAGGAUUUCCCAACUGCUUUAAUACAAAACAACCUAAUCUAAAUAUAAAGAAACAGUGAAACAAGAUAUGUUAAGGCUGGGAAAUCAAAGACAAGACAAUGAUGCAGACUUUUUCAGCAGUCAUUACAAUACAAUAAACAACAGUUGGAAUACAAAAAUAAAACAUGUAUUUUCGAAUAUCUGACUGAAAUCAAUGGAGCUCAAUGUUCAACCAUAGGAAGACAAUCUAAAUGUAGCUCUGUAGACUGUCACAUCAAUAACUUGACCCAAGCUAUACUUGACCCAAGUUAUUGAAUGUAAAUGAAUGAUUUUAACUUUUUUCACAUACACCCAUUAUGUUAUCAAUAUUUUUAUGUUGUACAAAAUUGGAUACUGAUUAGACAUUCUUUAAAACCAUUACACUGAAAUGAUUUCUUAAUGAUCAGUAUUGUCUAUUUGUGGCUGAUACACUAGUUUUUUUACAACCUUUACUUUGACCAAAGUUGUUAAAAAAUAUAUCAAAUUUCAUGUACGUGCUUGUAAAAUUUAUUUCUUGAUGGGAUACAGUUAGAAAUAUGCAGUUGAAUUUUGACUAUAGAUAUAUGUGCAUCCAUAAAUGAUUUGAUCAGCAUACAUAUUUUUAAUCUUGCUCAAGUUCCCAAUAAAUAGCACAUGCAAUCUAACAUCGCACACAAUAACUGGUACAAUCUAACAUGGCACAGUAACUAGCAGUACAAUCUAACAUGGCACAGUAACUAGCAGUACAAUCUAACAUGGCACAAUACCUGGCAGUACAAUCUAACAUGGCACAAUAACUAGCAGUACAAUCUAACAUGGCACAAUAACUAGCAGUACAAUCUAACAUGGCACAAUAACUAGCAGUACAAUCUAACAUGGCACAAUAACUAGCAGUACAAUCUAACAUGGCACAAUAACUAGCAGUACAAUCUAACAUGGCACAAUAACUAGCAGCAUAAUCUAACAUGGCACAGUAACAGCACAUACAAGCCAACAUGGCUCACAAUAAAUUGCCUGUACAGUCCAACACGUCAAACAUAAAUGGCACGCACAAUUCAAUAUGGCACACAGUAAAUAGCUUUUAGCAUUUGGACCAGGAAACUAUAUGAAAAUAUAGGUAACCCAUUUAUCUAUCAUGUUAUUUUCUACAAAUGUUCAUUUACAAAAUUUUAGGUAAGUAUGUAAAGGAAGUUUUAGGACAAAUGUUUAGUUAUCAACUUUGGGCAAUUUGUAAAAUUUAAUCAUUUCACCAAUAUGAGUUGGACUGCUGUUCACAGAUCUGUAAUAUAGCUUCAACCUUCUUUGUUUUACUAUUUUCAUUUUAAUCUCACCCAAUCAUUUUCUACAUACCCAAUAACAUGAGGAAAAAGCACCAUAUCCAUUCUUAUUAGCCUGUCGGUUCGGUGCUAGAAAGAACUGGGGCUUUGUGUACUACCAAGACUACUUAUGUCUAAAUUAAGAUAAUUAUAAUAACAUUAUCUAAGACUUGGUUUUCUUUGUUUUAAUGCCAUAUUUGAAAUACAAAGCAAAUUAAUUUAUUAAUGUGGACAAUGACAAUAGGAAAUCCUCCAGUAUCAUUAACUAACCUGUUGAUAUAUAACCUCUAUUUCAGCUGCUUCUUGUCACUACUUUUAAUAGCAGCUGCAUUAUGGAAGAUCAAGCACAAAUAUGAUAGUUACAGAAGAAGGCAGGUCAGUUCGUUGGUAAUGGCUUAAUAUCAGAAUAUGAUAGUUACAGAAGAAGGCAGGUCAGUUCGUUGGUAAUGUUGGCUUAAUAUGAGAUUGAAAUAACAGUUUAAGCACACACAAAAUAUUACCUAAUAUGCUUGUUUUUAUUUUGUAAAUGUGUGCAUUGAUUUUUAACUCUGCUUAUGAUGUUUUCAAUUUUAUUAUGAGUUCCACUUGAUUUUCCCAUUUGUGAAACCAACAGCAAAUGAUUGUAGAGAUGCAACAAAUGGCUAGUCGACCAUUUUCAACAAUUCCUGUUGAGAUGGAAAGAAAGUCUUCCCCUGCAAUUGUUGAUAAAAAAGACCACUUGGAUUCAGUACUCCGGCGCAGGAAGAAGGUAGAUACUACCUGUUUUAGGAGUCGAUUGUAUGCUAAUGAUGGUCAAAAUUGAAGUUCAUUUUAUUUUAUUUUUUAAAUUCAAAUGAAAGUAUUAAAUUUGUAAAUUUUUACAAACUCAUUAGUAAUUUAUUUAAUAUAUUUUGGGAAAUUAUUUGAUAAAUAAGGAUUACCAAGUUGAUGUGUCUCAGAAAGAAAUUGUAAAUUCCAAUGAUAAUAAAAUGAAACAAAAUCACUAGAAAUCUACACAGAACAAAUAGUGGAUAAAAUAAAAUGUGCAGCAGUGUCACCUUGUUAAUGAUUGGAAUGCUAAAAGGAUAAAUGGAUGAUACUUUGUCAUUUGUAGGGUUAUGAAUGAAGUUAAAUAGAUCAGGUGUGUUCAAAUGAGAUAAUUCAAAAGUCAACAAAAACAUCCCAAUUAAACUAACGUGGCCUCAUCCACUGACUCAUCCACUGACUCAUCCACUGAGUCAUCCACUGACUCAUCCACUGACUCAUCCACUGACUCAUCCACUGCGUUUGAAAUGUGAUCAGGUCAAAACCAAAUAUUCCAUAGCUUAAUACCAGUUAACAGAAAAAACAGGCAGUGUCAAAAGAAUAGUUAUUGUCCAUAAAUAGAGCAUUAGUUGUAAUAAAGUGUUCUGUGACCAAUGCAGGAGAAGCUCUUUCAGAAAUGUUAGCCUAUGGAGUAAUUGAAGAGACUUGUUUUUAUAUUUAUUGUUGUGCGAAACCCCCCCCCCCCCCUCCUCUUUCCGGCUCCAUCCAUUUAAAAAAACAACUAAUAUUUUUCAAGUAAUUGAGAAGACUUUUUUUUUUUUUUAUUGUUUUGCCAACCCCCCCCCCCCCCCUCCUCUUUCCGGCUCCAUCCAUUUAAAAAAACAACUAAUAUUUUUCAUGCUGCUGUAUUGUAUUGGUACAUUUAUGCCAUGGCCAAUUGAUUGUUUGACUGUGUAUUAUUGUUUGUUGUUGUACUUGGUUGCCAUGUGCUUUUAACUGAGUCAACCCCAAGCUGUUGGACUUGAGUUCAAUCCCCAGCAAAAACAUAGCCAGCACCCCGGGGGUGGAUGGGACGGGUGGAUGGGACGUGUUGACCUUAGAUGGCAACUCAUCAAAGAGAAGGCAAAUUCUGAAAUCAAACCUUGGAGAUUGAGUCCUGUAGGCGGUAUGAAACUGGAUCAAAUAGGCAUCUUCGGCUGCCAAGGAAAAAGAAUAAAUAAAAUUGUUGUACUGUGGAUUAUUGUUUGUGCCAGCCCCUGUUGUUUGGAGCUCCAUUUAGGUUUUCUCAGUGUAUCUUUUUGAUAAUAGAAGAUUUUAUUUGUCCACAGACUGUCAACAAGCCAUCAGCUAUUGCCAUUGAACCCCUUGCUGACCACAAAGCAGCCAUUUUAACUCUUCUCAUUCAGCUGCCAACAGGAGAUGCUGACUUUUCACCAAGUGGACAGUCAGGACUAGCUGUUGGCAGUGCACUUGUUUCUAUAGGUACUAGUUGGGGGGGGGGGGGGGGUGGUNGACAGGGUGAGGGGCAUAACCCACGGCAGAGUUCAGUCCAGGUGUUUGGCGCGUAGCAGAUAAAUUAUCAAGACUUAUAUUUACCUUUUCAUAUGCAAAUUUAUUAUCGUAAUAAGUCAUUUCUUUUCUUUACUGAUUGAUUUGGAAAAUAAAUGGAUUUAAGUGGAAUAUUUUCUAUAAACAUAGGAGCUUGUUAAAUAAUUUGAAAUUCUUGUUUCUAUCAUACGAUAAGCCACAGGCGUAAACUCUUUUUGCUAUUCCUCAAAUUGUAAUCUUCUAUCAUAAAAUAAAUUGAGAAUAACUUAGUCAACACAACUGAAGCAUUCUUAGUUUGGGGAUUAUUUCCUAUUGUUAAAAGAUUCAUCUUUUUUAGCUUGUAAGUAAAGUAUUUUAAAAUUUGAUUUUUAAUUAUUUUCUCUCUUAUUUUUAAAUUUAAUUUGUCAAUACUCGCAGCACCUCAUAAAUCAACUGGCCUUUGCUAUCCAGCUUACAUUGUUCCCACAGGUUCUAACAGAAAACAAAGUCUUGACCACGCUAAGGGAGACAAGUCGAAGAUACGGAAAAAUCUUACUUACAAUCAUCCAGAUACUUGUGCAUAAAAGAUUUCCCUCACAAUAUAGAGGUAAAAAGCCUCACAGUAGCCAUAGAAACCUGGUGUUUGAAGCAGCCAUAGUGUAUAUGCUGUUUUGUUUAUUACAGUCCAUGUGUAAAGAUGAUAAUUUAUGAAAAAAUGUAUGACAUUAAAAUGUUGCUUAUUGGCCCUGCCUACUACAAAGUGAUAAAUAUUUAUUACAUUACAUGGUAGUCUUUUAAAUUGUUUAUUCCAUUGCACAUGAUAGAAACAAUAGAUUUUAGAACGACAAUGCACAGAUCAUUAAUUACUUUUUUUUUUUUUACAAAGUCACUCUUUCAUUAACUCUGGGCAGUCCAGUUGAUUUUUUUUAGGUCAUCUCACAUCUUAGGAUAAAUAGUGAAUGUUUAAAUUGCAGGUUAGCUUGAUAUAAAAACCGGAUUUUUAUUGAUUUAACACAGAUAUAACAAUAGUAUAACAUUUUAUAAUAAUAAAAAUUAUUAUAUAACGUUAGGAUAAGAAAAGCGUAGUUUUUUUGCCAAAAAAAAAAAAACAACAAUUAUCAAGCAUAAAAUUCUAAAUAUUAGGUCUCUAGCUUAUAUAUCAUUCAUUAGUACUGCAAUUAUAAUAUUAAAUAUUCCUUACCUGGAGUUUUUAGUUUUUGCAUCUCAUUUCUUAUUGCCUGCUUUUCACAAUCCAGAAUAUGGAGACCAGGUUUAUGGCCUGAGUGGGUCCUUGGUCAACAUCUUCAUAUAUUUGUUUUGCAAGUCAAUUGGCAGUGUUAUGUAUUAUCUGCACUAUUCGAGCAUUUUUUAUUUUUUUAAAUAUAAGGCUAUAUGAAAUAAACCCUUAAAAACAUAUAUUUUAAACAUAAUAAAUGAACAACUUCCAUUGUUUACUUAUUAGAAUAAGGCAGAACACAAAAACAACAAAGAAAACUAAAAUCAGAUGAUUAUGUAAACAAACAAUUUUUCUUAUUUUUAAAGCCAAAAAGAUUGGAAAAUAAAAGUAUCAUUACAAUUUUGUAAGAAUAUAUAUAUAUAACUAGGAUACUUUUAUUUAUUGUAAAAUAUAAUUUGUUGUUAAGAUUAUUUACAAAUUUUUUAGUUAUAGGCCUAAUUGUGUGGAUACCUAGACUUGUUUUAAACGGUACUUGUGUAGGUAUAGAAAGAUCCACGACUUCAUCCAGUGUUGUUUCAUAUUCCUUUGCUUCCCACUUUCUUUUAAAAACAAAUUGUCUUCUUUAAAAAUAUAUAAUAUAUUUCUAACUUUAAUUUUUAUAUCGUUAAUCCUUUUUACUUCUAAUAAUAAUUUUACUUCUUAAGUAAAUCAAACAUAAAAAUUUUUUUUUUUUUUUUAAAAAGGUAAACAAAAACACCGGCUUUGUCUAUAGUUGGUCUGCACAGAGUUUGAACAAAUGUUCAGCUUAUCUAUUCUAAUGCAGCAUAAAAAUAUAAGAGCUGUGGGAAGCUGUUAGUUUUUGUUUCUCUUACCAUGCCAGAUGUGAUGAGUCUAAAGGAGCUGAGAUCACUACACUGAUCUAAGAUGGUAAUAUCAGAUUUAGAUAAAAAUCUUUCUUUUUUUUUUUAAAUUCAUUAAUAUUGAAAUGACUUUGUAAAUGACCUACUUUACAUUUUCCUUUCUUUACGUUAACAUGUUUAAAUUAAUUUCAUCAGUCCUUAAAAUGUUAAAAAUGUUAGAAUAUUUUGGUUGCUCUUUAUAGUUUCCAUCAGUUUCCACCGUGUUUAUGUUAGGAUGCCCUAGAUUUAAUGAUUUGACUUCUGAAAAUGCCACUUAAAGUCUGUCAGGGAUAGCGUUCAAUGAUGUUUUUAGUGUUUAACAUUGUAUGAGAUUAUAUGGAUUGUUUGAAAAAACAUUGACACUUUUUUUUUAAAUGUAUUAAAAUUUUGCAACACCUUAUGAAAACUUUGGACAAGCUAUUGUGAGCAGCACUCUGGUUGACACACCAUUGUGUGCAGUGCUCUGGUUGACACACCAUUGUGUGCAGUGCUCUGGUUGACACACCAUUGUGAGCAGUGCUCUGGUUGACACACCAUUGUGUGAAGUGCUAUGGUUGACACACCAUUGUGAGGAGUGCUCUGGUUGACACACCAUUGUGUGAAGUGCUAUGGUUGACACACCAUUGUGUGAAGUGCUAUGGUUGACACACCAUUGUGUGAAGCGCUAUGGUUGACACACCAUUGUGUGAAGUGCUAUGGUUGACACACCAUUGUGAGGAGUGCUCUGGUUGAAAACGUAUGCUUUACUCAAUGGCUACUAUCGUUCCAGCGCCCCCAAGGGUUGUAUCGCCCACUUUGGGAAUCACUGGUCUAAAACAUAUUCAGAUUUAAAAAGCGUAUUGAAGAUCCACAAGGUUAGAUCCUGUUUCAUCUGGACUUAAUGAUGAAACAUUGCUUUAGUUCUAACAAAAAAAAACAACCAGCUUUGUAUUUUCAGCUCUAUUUUAAUUCAACUUAAGUACAUGACAAUAAUUAACCUUAUAAUAAAAGUGCUUAAUUAUAUAUUUGGAACGCCAAACAUUCUAUGUUUUAUGUUACUUUGGUGUAUAUUAUCAAAUCCUCAUUUGUAAAUAAAUGUACAUUUUUUUUGUUCUGUUUCUGUAGAACUUGUAAAUAGUGUUUAAAAGGACACAUUAAUCUUCUAUUUCUGUUACCGGUACAAUUUUUGUGUGUGUGUUACCUUAUCUCAAAAAAAAAAAAAUGAGUUUGUUUUGUGACAACGUAAUAUUUCUUGAUUAUUUAUGGAUGUUGCAGAUGUUUUCCUCAAAUUAUCUUAAAGAGACAUUUUUGUUAAAUUUUUAUUACGGCUAAUCUGUUUGUGCCCAUAAAUUGAAGACCUAAGACUGACCUGUUUUUUAAGUUUUUUUUUUUUUCAAUUUGACUUGAUAGUUCUUGAGCCAGUUAACUGUGCCUUAAAUGAAAUGUUCAUUAAAAUGAAUAGACACAUAUUACAAUAUAUAUAUAUAUAAUGAACUUAGAAAAUUAAAUUUUUUCUUGUUCAAACUGAGCUAUUUUGAUUUUUUUCAAUUACGUUUGAUAACUAAUUGAAUUAAUUGUCCAUUGUUUAAAGGAUUUUUUUUUAACUUAUGGAGAAUUAAAAUUUUUGCAGAAAUAUCUUAAUCAAUUUUUCUCAAACUACAUGUUGCCAGGGACAUGAUAUAUUUUAACUGAGCUGGCCUCAUGGAAUCAAAGCCAUGAAAUGGCUGUAAGAAUAAUCAAGUCUCAGUCUACACAUUACACUGUUUGAAACCAUGACAUGAAAUUAUACGCUUAUUCUUUUUUAGUUUAGGGUGAAGUUUAUCAAUUUAUUGUUGAGGAUAACUAUCAUCAACUUGAUAAAUUUUAAAUAAUCCCAAAUGAUAAAGAUAAACGUAUAAAGUAUCCGUCACAACAUUCCAAAAAUGUAUUAUAAAUGGAUGCUUUUAUGUUUCCAGAAAAUUCAAUUGAUUCUGAAUAAUUAUUCUGUGUUAGUCUAUAAGUUAAAGUAGAAAUAUCUCAACAGAGUUAAUGUUUUGUAAAUAAAAUAAAACUAUUUCAUGUAUAUUUCAUAACGCCAUAAUAUUUUGUUCUAAAGUAUUCAAAGGAAAUGUACACAUGAUGUAUAUAGUUAAGUUUGUAUGCUCUUGAAUUAAGGUAUUGCACUGUGUCUAACUGCCCUCACAAACCUGCAAUGAACUGUUAAGUGUUGCUUUAAAUCAAUAAUGUAUCCACAUCUCUAAGACAGCUUUGUGAGGAUACUUAUGUAAGGUGGUUGGCUCUCAACUUCAUCUCUUAUCGGCACAUUUUCUUGUUUGUAUCCAAUGUCUAAAAUAGCCGAAGUGAACAAAGUUUACUGAAAUCAUCACUUUACCAUCCAUUUCUAAUAUAUCACUGUCCCCGAGAUUCUCAACUUUUUUCUAAUUGUUAUUUACUAUUCUUGUUAAUUGAAAAGUACAACCAGAUUGCCAUCAAUGUUCAUAAGUAUCAGAUGAGGUGAUUGGCUUUUACAAAAACAUAGAAUACAAAAAGUUUGCAUUUUUUUAUUUCAAGUUAUAGUGAAAUAGUCAGCGUAAUUUAGAUGUUGUUUUGGCAUGAUUUUUCUGUUCUGGGUAGGUGCGUACUUUUCAAUUUAUUUUAUAGAGAACGCCAUCUUACUUGAGUUCCAUAUUAAACAUUUGUGAAGAAUAGGUUCAUUUUACAGCUAUCAAUAAGAGCUUAUUUGGCUAGCUCUUCAGUAAUAAGCUUGAUAGUUUUCUAUCAGCAUGACAUAGUGCUAUCAGUAGACUUGUUCAUGGCUGAUGGUUUUACUGACAGGGUGUUGUUAUUUUGUAUGGAGGACAUUAUUUUUAUGUAAUUUCUAUCAUUUAUGUUCCAUAUCAAUGACUGUGAGCAAAAAUGAGUCUUAUUAAAAAGGAAAACCUGAAACCAAUCUUUCAUUUUUUAGUUCAUGUAUUGUCUUGUGUUGUACAUGGUUUUAUUGAAAAUGAAAUCUUUAUUAACACCAACAGUGCUCUACAUAAGGCUUGUGUGUUUGGUCAUUAAAAGUCUUCUACCAAAAGCUUGUGUCUGGU